CCUGUCAGUUCUGGAAAGAAGGCAGAUGCGUGGCUCCUUUUCAUUGUUUUUGUUGUGGUUAGAAGAGCCCACAUAAGAGUUUGACUCGGAUAAACUUGGGGUUGAGUUGACAGAAUCAACUCAAGUUUUGAUCUUUUAGGAGAAAAACUCAUGAAAUAAUGUGGUUUUGGUAUAAAAAAAAACAGAGAGAGAGUUUAUUUCAUGUGUUUUUUUGAACUUAAUAGUCUUUAUAUUGUUUUAGAUUUAUGACAUCAAAUAUUAAAAUAUCAGCGAUUUCAGACAAUAAUAUAAAUGCUUGCUGCAGUAUCUAGAUAACAUUAUCCAACCCCCUAUGGCAACGAAGUCUAGACCUGCAAGCUCACCAUCUUCUCCGAAACCCAAAUCAAGAAAGCCCUCAUGGCCUUUCUUUACUGUUCUUUUAACGGUUCUAUCUCCUGUCUUGGUAGCUACACUCGUUUGCCAACUUGACUCGCUCGAACCAGCUCACUUGCCGAUCCACGAGCUGACUCAGCCGCCAUUGAAGGCUUUGAAGAAGAAUGAUCACAUGCUUCAAGGAUCAGAGCUUGUGGGUUUCAAGCAGUUGAUUGGACCAGAAGAUAUUGCAUAUGAUAGCAGUUCGGGUGUUAUCUACACUUCUUGUGCUGAUGGGUGGGUUAAACGAGUCACGAUUAAUGACUCAGUUGCUGACACUAUCGUGGAGAGCUGGGUUAACACUGGAGGUAGGCCUCUCGGACUCGCCCUUGGACACGAUAAUGAAGUUAUUGUAGCCGAUGCUUUCAAGGGACUGCUAAAGAUAAGUGGAGAGGGUAAGGUGGAGCUACUAGCUGAUGAGGCCGAGGGUGUGAAAUUUAAACUCACAGAUGCUGUAGAUAUAGCAGAAGAUGGUACCAUCUAUUUUACAGAUGCUUCAUAUAAAUACAAUGUGCUCGAGUUCUUCUGGGAUUUUUUGGAGGGUAAGCCAUAUGGUCGAGCAAUGAGCUAUGAUCCAGUUACCAAAGAGACCAAGGUUUUGGCCCGUGACCUCUACUUUGCUAAUGGAGUCGCGGUCUCACCAGAUCAACAAUAUGUGGUCUUCUGUGAAACAUUCAUGAUAAGGUGUAGAAGAUAUUACAUACAAGGAAAGAAAAAAGGGAGCCUAGAGACAUUCAUUGACAAUUUGCCGGGCUUGCCUGAUAACAUCCAUCAUGAUGGGCAUGGCCAUUACUAUAUUGCAUUUACCUCGGGAAUCACAGUUGCACUGGACCUAGCACUCAAACAUCCUUUUCUUCGGAAGCUUAUGGGAAUCUAUACGAAGUACAUAGGGGAAAUUAAUGUGGUGAAGAAUAGUGGUGUUUUCAUCGUAGAUUUGGAAGGAAAACCAACGGAGCAUUACUAUGAUCCGGGUUUGGCAUUGAUUUCAAGUGGGAUCAGGAUUGGAAACCAUAUAUACUGCGGUUCCGUUGUCAGUCCCUACAUUGUCCGUCUUGAUGUCACAAAGCAUCCUGCACGAGCCACAGUAUAAGCAACACCCCUAUGAAGUGAUGUUCUUUGCACUAUCCCACACCCUGUAAUUAUUUUUGUCAUAUUAUUCUAAUAAUGUAUCCUCUUCUUUCUUGGCUAUUUAUGGUAUUGGUGGCUAUGAAAUGGUCAGAGGACAAGAUUUGUUUCUUUUUCAACUAUAGAAAUUAUUCAGGGACAGAAAAUGAAUGUUAAAUAACUAUUUUCUAAUUGUGGCAA